UACAUGCAGAUUUGUCUUUUGCAACUACCCUCUUAAAUGUUGCACGUCAAACACGAGUUCAAAACAGUGCAUGUCUUGGUAAGAAUGGUUUUAACAAUCCUCACCUAUAUUAAAAAUACAGUUAAUAUUGAUGCAUGUAUGAAACAGUCAAUGUAAACUGUUAUUUGUAUUUGUAAAUAUUACUUUUUAGAGACAUCUGAACAUAUGCACAUGGUAUGUGAUCAAUUUACAGAUCAAUGCAAAUUAUGUCAUUUAUUUUUAAAAAUAUUUUUACUUUUUAGAAUCAUCUGAGCAUAGGCAAGAAAGCUUUGCAAAUGAUACUACAUUGGAAGAAAUACGUGGUAUGUGAUCAAUCUGCAGAUCAGUACGAUCUAUAUUAUUUGUAUUUUAAAAUAUUAUUUUUUAGGAGGAUCUGAACAUAUGCAAGAAAACUCUAAUGAUUUUACGGAAGAAACAUGUGAUGAUAUGAACACAUUUUCUCAGGGAAAUGAAGAUUUCUCGACAGAAAAUAAAGAAAAUUUCAGGUGGUCUCACGAAGCAAUAAUGCUACUAUUGGAAGAAUACAGAUCGCGAGAAUCAUCUAUGUCUUCGGGUAAAAUAAGUCAAAAGAAAGUAUGGAAUGAAAUAGCGGCGAUAAUGAAUUCCAAAGGAUAUGAUGUCUCAAGUAGACAAUGCAUGACACGAAUUAACACCAUGAAGCGGACAUAUAAAACCAUUAAAGAUCACAAUUUGAGAUCUGGCAACAACAAACGUACAUGGAAAUAUUAUGAUGCUAUGGAAAGUUUUCUUGGAAAAAAACGUUACAUGUCACCUUUAACACUUAUUUCAUCAACCGGAAAAUCCAGUUUUGAAAGAUCUAAAUCUCCAAGUCCUUGCAGUAGUAGCAGUUCUACUUGUCAAUCUGAUAGUAAAGUUUCUCGUAAACGUAAAGCUGCAGAUGUAAUGGAAAAAAUAACAGAAAAUCGCCGAAUGACUGAGGAGGGAAAAGAUAGAAGACACAAGGAAAGAAUGGAAAUGCAAAAGAAGUUUAUGGAAAAACUCGACAAAAUUUUAGACAAGUUGUAGUUCGAGCUGG